CUCACAGCCAGAUGUUCCAGUCACAACCUCCUAAAGAAAAUUUCUCCAGGAACCAAAUGCUGGAGACGGUGGAGCUUACAAAUGUACAGCGAAGAAUCAGUUGGGCGAAUCAAAUGCCAAUAUCAACCUCAAUUUUGCAGGAGGCGGAGGUGAAGAACCAAAGUCUAAAGGUCCGUCUUUCGUUGGUAAACCACGAAUCAUUCCAAAAGACGGUGGAGCCUUGAUUGUGAUGGAAUGCAAAGUCAAGAGUCCCACUCCACCGACCGCAAAAUGGAUGAAAGAUGGUGUACCGCUACAAAUGGGUGGUCUUUACCAUGCCAUAUUUACUGAUCUAGGAGAUCAAACUUAUUUGUGCCAAUUAGAAAUUAGGGGUCCGUCCGUUUCGGAUGCUGGCCAGUAUCGUUGUAAUCUUCGUAACGAGCAAGGUGAGACGAAUGCCAAUCUCGCACUGAACUUUGAGGAACCCGAACCUAAUGAGCGACAGGAAAAGAAGGUAACGCAUUUUUUUUCACUUUUGACUUCUGAAUUGAGAUGCUCUUUUCCUCGAUAUGAGCCCCGUAUGAUUAGCUGCUCUCAUUAAUC